AUGAGUAUUAUUUCCUUUACGAAGAAGCUUUUGAAGAGCCCGCCUAGUUUGACUCCUGCAGAAUUGCACGAAGUUAUCGUUUACAUAAUUGAUACGCUAUCGAAGGAAUUUACUGUGGAAGCUGUGGUACCGAUUGCCUCUUUCCUUUCAGUGUUGAGAGCAACUGGAUUGGAUCACAAAGCUGAAUAUAUUGCAGCUGCUGCCUCGGCUGUGUUGAAGUUUUCAACUGUUGUCGAUUCAACGACCUUGACUCAUACUGAUGAUAUUGUCUUAGAUAUCGUCGGUACAGGUGGUGACGGCCAAAACACUUUUAACGUGUCUACUUCUGCAGCCAUUGUCGCUUCGGGCAUCCCAGGCUUGAAGGUUUGUAAACAUGGUGGGAAAGCAUCGACUUCCAAUUCAGGUGCUGGUGAUUUGAUCGGAGUUUUAGGUUGUGAUUCAUCUAAGGUGACUGCGUCGACUUUACCUAAAAUUUGGGAUGAAAAUUCGUUCACAUUUCUAUUGGCUCCUUAUUUCCAUGACGGUAUGAAACAUGUCGCUCUGCUCAGGAAAGCAUUGGGUAUCCCAACAAUAUUUAAUGUCUUGGGACCGUUAUUGCAUCCUGUAUCCCAUGUUCAAAAAAGAGUUCUAGGUGUCUUCUCCAAGGAAUUGGCACCUGAGUAUGCAGAAGCAGCAAGACUUAUCUAUCCUGACAGUGAAACAUUCGUCGUUUGGGGUGAAGUUGGUCUCGAUGAAGUAUCACCUGUAGGGAACACUAUUGUUUGGCAUGUGACCUUGAAUGGUACCGUCGAAUCAUUCUCUAUAAACCCGUCAGAUUUCGGUUUACAAGAGCAUACUCUUGCAGAAUGCCCAUCGUUGGGCCCUCGCGAGAAUGCAAGGAUACUAUCUGAAGAAAUACUGUCAGGCAAUUACAAGAAAGGUGAAAACCCGAUCUACGACUAUAUUUUGCUAAAUACAGCUUUGUUGUACUGUUUGAGUCGUGGUACAAAAGACUGGAAACUAGGUGUAGAUGCUGCUGAAAAGAGUAUUCAUUCUGGAGCAGCUUUAGGUGCAUUAACACAGUUUAUACGAUCUGUGUCGGUUUUAUAG